UGCGGCCCCGCUGGCGCUCUUAUGGGGUCACUGACAACAGCACCGCAAACGUCUCAAGAACAGGUCGGCUCGUAGUCAGCUGUUCGCACGAAACAAACUCAGCUAUGCCGUCCGAAGACUCUCUGAGCAAGCGAGUGAAGAUGGCAGCCGUUGACUCUGCGUUCUAUCUCCUUCAGGAGGCCGUCUUGGCAGCGAACCGGUACAGAAACUAUCUUGCUCUCAUCGGAUUCCUAUACUGUGGGAAACUGGGAUGCGCCGUCACGUCACGAGUAUACGAAGCAUUCAAAGUGCACAUGCUGUCCCGGAUCUGGAAAACCGAUCUGAAGAAAUAUGGACAGUGGGCUCUGGUCACUGGUUGUACCGAGGGGAUCGGGAAAGAAUAUGCGCGACAGUUGGCCGCUCGAGGCAUCAAUAUUGUCCUCUUGAGCCGUAAUCAGACGAAAUUGGAAGCUGUCAAGAACGAGCUCGAAACAACCUACAAAAUCAAAACGAAAGUUGUUGUCGUUGACCUCUCCGACGGCUUCGAGGUGUGCAAUACCGUUUGGCCGCAGAUCGAAGGACUCGAGAUCGGAAUACUCGUCAACAAUGCAGGUGUCAUGUAUGAUCAACCAUCUCGAUUCUGCAACGUGCCGGUCAAGAAACUGAAUGAGCACAUUACCAUCAACAUGCAAGCAGUCAUGUUAAUGACCUAUAUGGUUCUACCGCAAAUGCUUGCUAGGAAGAGAGGAUUGGUCAUCAAUAUGUCCUCGAUUGCGGCCUUCUACCCCCUCCCGUUGAUGACAGUGUAUUCAGCGUCAAAGGCAUUCGUCGACUGGUUCUCACAGGGUUUAAAUGUGGAAUACGGCUCUCAAGGCAUCGAAGUGCAAUCGCUUAUUCCAUCUUAUAUAUCCACAAAUCUCGUGAGAUUCUCGAACUUCUUGUCGACGCCAUCGUUCAUCGUUCCCGAUGCUAAACGCUUUGUGAGCUCAGCUCUUGACACCGUCGGAUACUCUAAACGGACCACCGGAUUCUGGUCUCACGGCCUGCAGUAUUGGUCGAUGGAGCACAUCCCACAGUGGCUAUGGAGCAUCAAUUCUCAGCUGAUGUUCAGAGCAAUCGACAACUCUGCUGAAAGGAAGUUCUGAGAAGACAUACGCACACCGAUGGACCGCAACUCUUCUCGGAAUGUAAUGACGCCUCAGUCAUAUAUAAGGUGACGCUCUAAGAGCACGUGAUUCGAAACUCUUCAAUUUAUUGGAUUCCAUGCAGCGGACGCAACGGAUGGGAAUCCCGAGGUUAAUUAUAUUUAUGCAUGGCCGGACUAGUGUUUAAUCCUCCUAUUCUCUCUGAAACUUAGCACUCGAUUCUACGCUGCGUAUCUCUGUGACAAAAUGCGCAUCAGAGCUGUGCAUCUCGGAUUCAUACAAAUAAAGGUUCAGUCUAAAAAGGUAAA